ACAUGCUCACACGGCAAGACGAUAAUUUUGAGAUUUUUUUGACGUACACUGGAAGACUAGACAGUCGUUGGGCGAGACUGACGAUCAGUGGUGGAGGUAAAGUUGAUUUCCCGUACACACUGAUAACCGCAGGAGACCCGGCCCUCGCUCGCACCACGAGGCGGGACUUCUAACGCCCGCGGAUUAAUUCACUUCGCUGCCUCGGAAUCUCCGUUCUCCUGUAUCAUUCUAGACUCUAGGAGGAUGCAUAUGCCAACCCUGUCAUUCUAACUGAAGCACCGGCUAGUGAGGAUACCAGUGCUAGGUUUUCCUCUAGUGUCCGGGCGAAGAGUCAGCAACCGGUGGAUUUUUUGUGGUCAUGUGCGUGUGAAGUUGAUCACAAUCGGCAAGCCCGAAGGUGUGACGUGGGACGCGGAUGCCCCGCCUCCCGCGCUCUCUGAUUGGCUGAGCGGGUGUUGACGGACCAAUCAGUAUUGUUGGCGGGUGUCGGCCGCUGGUGUGGCGGUCAUGACUUGGUGGUCGCCAGUGUAGGUGCGAACGCGCGAUAGGAAGGCCGAGGACCUAUACGUCCCAAGUGUGAGACACCACGCCUCUACCUCCUACACCUCCUGCUUGCCCAUUCAUCCCACAAGGCUGCGAUAUACCCUGGCCCUAUUAAGUGCAAUCUGGAGGUUUUCGUGAGGAUAUAUGUGGUGGAGAAUCGGGAAAUAAAGCACUUGUGUUAUUUUUCUAAAUCAUAGAAAGAUUUAAUCCAGUUUGAUUCGUGAAUAUUGUGUUUUUGGUGACGCGAAGCGAAGAAGACGUUGGUGGUGGUGGUGGUGGACUAAUGUGUUGGUGCAGUGUUGGUGUACGGGAUGCAGGGGCGGUGAUGGUGUAGUGUGUGUAUAAGGCCCCUCAAGCACCUGCCCCAUGCGCUUCGACAAUUUGCAGGAGCCCCGCCAGCACGUGAAUUCCCCGCUCAGUUCCCCCCCUCCUCCUCUCACCCCUGUGGGCGUGGGCGGCAGCAUGGCAUACCACCCAUUCCUCCUCCAACGACCCACAGACUUCAGCGUCAACUCGCUCCUGACACAGUCGCCGCCGUACCUUCCGACGCUGGGCCUCCCUGCGGCCGCGGCGGCGGCUGCGGCAGCAGGCUCGCACAACCCCUACAGUCUCCUGCCGAAGUUCCCCGGCCCGAUGGGCCACCCGUUCACCACGGCCGAGGAUGUGCUGGCCCACUCGCACAUGCGACCCAUCCGCUCGCUCGUGCCCGAGGAGGACGGCGUGGUGGACGACCCCAAGGUCACCCUCGAGUGCAAGGAUCUGUGGGAGAAGUUCCACAAGUUGGGCACGGAGAUGGUCAUCACCAAGUCUGGCAGGCAAAUGUUUCCUCAGAUGAAGUUUCGAGUGUCAGGGCUAGACCCCAAAGCCAAGUACAUCCUCCUACUAGACAUCGUAGCGGCAGACGACUGUAGAUAUAAGUUCCAUAACAGACGUAUGUUCCCUGCCUACAAGGUCCGUGUCUCUGGCCUUGACAAAAAAGCAAAAUACAUCUUACUUAUGGACAUCGUGUCAGCUGAUGAUUGCCGCUAUAAAUUUCACAACAGCAGGUGGAUGGUUGCUGGCAAAGCCGAUCCUGAGAUGCCGAAGCGGAUGUACAUUCACCCAGACAGCCCAGCGACGGGUGAACAGUGGAUGCAAAAGGUUGUGUCUUUUCACAAGCUAAAACUCACGAAUAAUAUCUCCGACAAACACGGCUUUGGAGGGGCGGAAGCAAAGACCAUCCUGAACUCCAUGCACAAAUACCAGCCGAGAUUUCACUUGGUCCGAGCCAACGACAUCUUAAAACUCCCGUACUCCACGUUCAGGACCUACGUCUUCAAGGAGACAGAGUUCAUCGCCGUCACAGCCUAUCAGAACGAGAAGAUUACCCAACUCAAGAUCGACAACAACCCGUUCGCCAAAGGAUUCAGGGACACCGGGGCAGGCAAGAGAGAGAAGAAUUCUUCCUUUUGCAGAAACGUGAUCAUGACGCGGGCCAACGAAGAGCAGAAGGCGGACCACCAGAUCGCGCUGCCCAACAUCCGCAGCUACCCCGAGAACGCCGCCAUGGACUCCGAGAACCACAAGGACAACGACGACGACGACGACGACGAGCGGCUGGACGUGGUCGGCACGACGGACUCCCACGGCGACCCCGCUCACGGCGAACUGAUGGACUCGGACGUGUCGGGCGAGGAGACCAACAACAACGCCGCCGACGACUCGGGCCGCGACUCCGUCAAGCGGAAGAGCGACCUGGACUCCGACAUGGACGACGCCGGUAUGCUGGCGGCCCUGAAGAAGGCGGCGCCGGAGAAGGACGAGCCCUCGGGCUCGGGGGGCGCGGACCCCACGCCCAACAUCAGCGUGGGUCCGCCCUUCCAGCCGCCGCACCUCCUGCCGUACCUGUACCCCCACGGGCUGUACCCCGGCGCAGCGCAGAGCCUGGCGGGCCUCCACGGCCUCAUGCUGCCCGGGGCCUCCAACUCCCUCAACCACCACGGCUUACAGCUACCUCUGUUAGGCGCGGGCGCAGGGGCGCCGCCCCACGGCUCCUCACCUCUCACUCCGCCGACCUCCCUCCCCGUGGCCCACAACCUCCUGCUGGCGCACAACUUGCUGGCGGGCGCCGGCCACCACCUCCUGGGCUCCCACAACUACCAAGGGCUGGCCGGCCUCGCGGUCUCGUCCGGCGGCGGCAGCGGCAGCGCAAGCGGCUCCCUCAGCGCCGCGCCACCCACGUCGUCCUCGCCGGCCGCGCCCUCGCCGCUGCUGCCCGACCGCCUCAAGCCGCCUCGCUUCACGCCCUACCUGCCCUCGUCCACGGCCGCCUCCCUCUCGUCCAUGCUGUCCUCCUCGCUCUCCUCGUCGUUGUCGUCGUCGUGCAUCACGCCCACGCUCUCGUCCUCGCUGAUCGGAGAGGCGCCCCUCGGCGGCUCCUCGGCUUUCCAGGCCGUGAGCCCCAAGGCGGGCUCCCGCCUGGAGGAGGGCGUCCGCCGCUCCGCCGCCCACGCAGCGAACGUCGCGUCGGAACUCAAAUCGAUCGAAAAGAUGGUGAACGGCUUAGACCGGCGUCCGGACUUACCGGAUCCUCUGAAACUCUCUGACAAGUGAGGGCGGGCCCCCAGGGCCGCCUCCGCUCACCUGCACACCCACCUCGUGGCCGUCAACGCCCUGAGCGGUGGAUCCGUCUGCUCCUCCAGCCCCCUCUAGCCCUCUCCCUCCCGCCGCUGCUCCUUCGCGAUGGGCCGGCGGCCGUGACCCGGGCCGCGGGGCAGACGGGAGGCCAGGUCAGCCGGAGGGCGGGCCACGGAAGGCCAGGAGAGCCCGGGCGGGUCACCGGGCCUCUCUCGCCAAUCAAAAUGCUACCAGUGCAAAUAAAUAUUCGUGGGCGACCCCAAGACGUGCACAAAGCUCCGGAAGCACGGUGUGUCAUGGUCGACACUGUGUUGUAUAUUGCACGUGUAAAUAGUCCGUAAACUACUUGUUAGUAGAGCGUAUACCAAAGAGCGGACCGACAGCAGCUGUUUGCGGGUGUAUGUCUGUGCGUGUACAUGUGUGCGUGUGCACCAUGAUCGCGUUGUGCGUGUAUAAUGUCAAGUAUACAGACUAAGUUUAGCAACGUGAAGUCAUGGCAGCGCCCACGAUAUAUAAAGUAUAGACAAAUGUAAAGUUUGUGUUGGACCUCCCAGUGCUGGCGCGCCGGUCUUCCUGGACAAAAUGUAUCUGGAAAAAAAUACGAAAAAAUUAAUAAUCACAAAACCGAACCCUCGAGAGGUUUCCGCGGAAGCCACCAGUGAUAGUCGUGCUGACCCGUGUGUUGAGGAACCUGACUGACUGUGAACUCGAAAAGUGUCUUUGUGUGAGGCAAGGAAAAGCUUUUGACUGGUGUGCGCGUAACCUAAACCUGUCUUACCUCAUAACCGCCACCCCAGGCCGGUGUAGCUGACGGGGGCCCGGACUUAGGCCUCUGGAGGAUGUCAUAAACUAACCAUUAAAGAUUCUUAAAAAAUAAUAAAAAUACAUAAAUAAUAAUAAUAAUAAAAAAUCCAGUGAACUCUACGUAAGGUAGUUUUCUCAGCGCGCCGCUAGAGGGCCGCUGUAAUGGAAAUACUAUGGUGCUUUGUUUUCUCUGGGUGUUUUCUUAUUUUCAUUCUAAUAGACUGCCUACAAUAAAAAAGAACUUUGAAGAGAGGAGCAUCGUGAAUAUAUUUAACAUUCGUGUACAGGAGAAAGAGCUUAUGAAAUGGAAAUAAUGACUUGUCUCAGAAUAGAUGGUAUGGAAAAACAAAAUGUCGGUUAUGACUUGAGUGUAUGUGGGGUUAAAACAAAAUGAACCUAGUUCUUAGAUACCAUUAAAAGAAUGAUGCUAAUAAUCAUGUUUUUCAUUUUUUUUAUUCAAGUUUUAAAAAAAAUCAUCAUUACGUUGUUUUUUUCGAGCGUGGGUCAAAAUCCCUGACUAAACCAUCCAGCAUUUUUUAAACCUCCUGCAUCAGCCUCCAUGGACCAAGAUUACCUGCUGUAACAAUAGGAUCACCGCCCUUAUCGACAUCAAGCGCCAUGACGGAGGAUAUUUGGUAUUCAACUCUCAUGGUAAAUUUUUUUUUAUAUAUCAAGUAGCAUAAGAAUAAUAAAAAAAAGAUAAUUAUAGGCCUACUUAAAGAGACCCACGAUUUAAGAUUUUUUUCUGAUUAAAAAAAAAAUUAUUAUGAAUUAGCUAGAGUUAAAAACAGAGAUUUAAAUAUCAAAGGGCGGCUGAUCCAGAGGUAAAGACAUUUAUUUAUACAUUUAAAAACCACAUCGCCAACCAGCCUAAAAUGAACUCUAGGCCGACCAUCUAAUUCAAGAAGUGAUUAAUUCAUUACAGGAUUUGGAAAAGAAAUAAGAAAAUAAUUCUCUGGAAAGAAUUUUUUUUUUAAAUCAUUUUUUUUUAUCACAUACUAAAAUAAUAAUGAUAUAUACAAAAAAACAAACAGUUUUAAAACAAUAAAAACUGCAGCAUUGUUUAUAGAACCGCAGCCCGAUGAUAUCAACAUUUAUGAAAAAAAAAAAACAAGGAAAAUAAGAAAAGAAAAGAAAAAAAACACGAAGAUUUCAAAACCAAACAGGAAAAAUAAAAACAAAUACUAAAAAACAAACACAUUAUUUUCACAAAGCAAAGAUUCUUAUUAAGGAUAUUUUGCACAAUUAUUUUGAUACGUUGGCGCUGGCGGUACUGUGACCCUCGCAAUAUGAUAAUUCCUUUAUUUUUUUGUUUUCCCCCUCUGUGUAACUUUCUCGGCUUGGUCAGGAGGGCAGCGCGAGCGACCUUGGGGCAGCGUUGGUAUAAGAAAAAAAUAAAAAAAGAAAAAAAGCCUCGGGUGAAAUUGUUCAGUUUUUUUUGUUUUUUGUUUGUGGGAUAUUGUUAGUUGUGAUCGUAAUGGAUAUUAUUGGUAUUAUGAUUAUCAUUGUUAUUAUCAUUAUUCGUAGUGCGAUUAUUAUUAUCAUUGGUUAUCGUUAUGUAUUAUCAUUAUCAUUAUUAUUAUUAUUAUUAUUAUUAUUCAUUUAUUACAAGUCUUAUUCAUAUUUUUUUCCUCCAGAUGUCUCACUUUCUUUCUUAAACUUUCCUCAAGAAAUUUUCUUCUCAUUAAAAAAAAAAUCGCGAAUAUAUUUUUCAGUCUACAAAGAAAUGCAAAAUUACCUUUCCUGUCUAUAUUUUUUCUCUAUUUAUCUAUCUGUCUAUCUCAUUUUAUCUUUUAAUGACCCAGUGAUAUUAUGUAUAAAAUAUAUUGUCUUCGUAUGAUUUUUGGAAAAAAAAAUAAUAUCUUGAAACAUACAUUUACUCUUAGAAGAAAUAAGAGAUCUUUCAUGUGAUUCAUUUCUUAACAAAUUACUCUAUCGGACAUACGGAAUAUAUUUAUUAUUAUUAUUAUUAUUAAUAUUAUUAUUGCUAGUACUAUUACUAUUAUUGAUGUUAUCAUUAUCGUGAAUAUAAUCAUAUUAUUAUUAUUAUUAUUAUUAUUAUUAUUAUUAUUAUUACUAAUAUUACUUCUAUUUUUUUCAUGAUAAGACAAAGUGCUGCCCUCUGUACACCAACGCUAUAACUAGUAACCCAUGUCCAUUUGUUGCUGUUUUUUUUUUCUUUUUCCAAAAAAAUAAAAUAAAACACAAAACAUCUUGUCGUGAUAACGCUGUUUUAUUAUUGGCUAAGACACUCCAUAACGGCGACAGAGAUGAUAAUGAUAACGAAUGAUAAUGAUGAUGAUGAUGAUGAUAAUGAUGAUAAAAAUCACCUUUCCCGAUUGGCUGCCUGAUAACCCCCCCUCCCCCCCCCCCCCUGAGAUAUAAUUGAAGAAAUAUACAGAAAGAGAGAGAGAGAGAGAAGGAGAGAAAGAGAAUGGGGAAGGGGGAGAUGAGAGAGAAAAUUAUAAGUCAGAGUGUCUGUUUCUCAAGCCAAUUGUUGCAGCGCUCAGAUCGACAAGAAUCCUAGUGUUGUUCACUCGACAUAUGCCCAGUAUCGUCGAGACAAAAUAAAUAAAUAAACAAAAAACAAAAAAAAAAUAUAUAUAUAAAAAAAGAACUCGCGGUUUGUUCAAGAAUGUGCAACCAUGACCGGGGUUUCCAUAUAAUUUUUUUCUCCCCUUCUCAGUAAUGACAUUUUUCUAUUAACAUUACCAUUGUUAUUAUUUGUUUCGCGCCCGCAAAUCCACCAGUCACACGUCAUCCAAGUAGGUAGUGGUGACCUGAUAACGUCGAUAUUAAAAGAAAAAAAAAAUAUGAAUAAAAAUAAAAGAAAUGGCCACUAUCCUCUUUCUCAUGACUCAUCUCAUAACAUGUAUAUUCAUCCUCAUGUCAUUUCUCUCAUUACCUGGUCAUGUCGGCAUGCGUAUCUCGGGAGACACGUAUGUAAAUCGGUGUAUGGGACAAGAAAAACAAACUAAAAAAAGGGCUUAGACUCGUAUCCACAUGUGUCCUUAUUUCCAGAGACACGUGGACGAGUCGGAUACAUGUUUUUUUCUUUUUUUUCGCCCCUCGCCGAUGACUCUCCGUGUCUCUCCGCGAUCGCACGUUUCUUCUCAGCUGGACACGUGAUUCCUCGCGGACACGUGUGUCUUAUUUAGUGGACACGUGAGCUCCCCGUGGAGACGUGUUUCUCAGUGGAUAGCGAUGUUAUGCACACCCGUGUUAAGGCGUGUUCUGAAAGUGAGGCUUAAUCUUCGUUUCAGAAACCAAAAGACCUUCUUUGUGUUGUGAUAAGAGAGCCUGUUAAUAACCCUGUGCUUUGUUAUGAAAAACAAUAUAUAUAUAUGUUCUUUUUUUCCACUUUCUCUUAUAUUUUAAUUUCUUCUUCAUAGACAUUAGAUAACUGGAUAAAACGUUAGCAAUAAAAGCUUGAUUUCAAGGAAAAAAAGAGAAAAGAGAAGCAUUCAAGUCUUCACGGGAAAUUAAGACAAAAAAAAAAAUGAAAAAAAUAAGUUUGAAACGAAUUUUAUUCCUUACUUAAGGAAAGCGCCUGUAAUUACGUGGAAAACGUCAGCGGUAAGCAUCUUUGAGAAUAGAAUAUUGAUAAUAUUACUUAAUAGUAAUGUGUAUUUAUUUGGCUAUUCUGAUGUACAUAAUAAUUAUGUUCUGGUCAUGUCUGUAUUGUAUGAAAAUAUACUCUUUUUGAAGAA